CUAGGCGGCUUCCGUCUGCGUGACCAGAACGCGUAGGGCCCACGGCGUGCUAGCGCUGGAAGGGUCUGUGCUGCCAGCAGGGACUAUAUCAAGGAUCUUGGAAGCACUGCCAACAUGUCUGACAUUCAAGAAGCCACUAACCAACUUUUGGAUGUGAACUUGCAUGAGAACCAGAGGUCUAUACAAAUGACAGAAGGUGGCCCCAGAAGUGAGUCUGAGCACCUUCAAGUCACUAUUGGAGCCACUGUACCUACUGGUUUUGAGCAAACCGCUGCAGAUGAAGUGAGAGAAAAAUUGAGGUCAUCAUGCAAAAUCAGCAAAGACCGGGGCAAGAUAUACUUUGAUAUUUCCGUGGAAAGUCUGGCUCAGGUUCAUUGUCUGAGAUCAGUUGAUAAUUUAUUUGUGGUUGUUCAGGAGUUUAAAGAUUACCAGUUCAAAGAAACAAAGGAAGAAGUCCUAAAGGAUUUUGAAGAAUUGGCUGGGAAGCUUUCAUGGUCAGACCCUUUAAAAGUAUGGAAAAUUAACACCAAUUUCAAGAAGAAAAAAACAAAACACAAAAAGAUAAAUCAGAAUUCAAGUAAAGAGAAGAUUAAUAAUGGACAAGGAGACAAAAGAGAUGAGAAAGAUGUUAAAAACGAGUUCACUAACAAUGCCUUAGAUUCACAUAUUUUAGACUACUAUGAAAAGCCAGCCAUCAAAGAAGAGAUAUCAACAUUAGUAGGUGAUGAUUUGGCAUCUUGCAAAGAUGAGAUUGAUGAGAGCUCAAAAGAAGAAACUAGUCUUGAAAUGCUGAAGUUUAGAGUCACAUGCAACAGGGCAGGAGAGAAACACUGUUUUUCCUCUAAUGAAGCUGCAAGAGAUUUUGGGGGUGCUGUUCAAGAUUAUUUUAAAUGGAAGGCUGAUAUGACCAACUUUGAUGUGGAGGUGCUUUUGAAUAUCCAUGAUAAUGAAAUAAUUGUGGGCAUUGCAUUGACAGAAGAGAGUCUCCACCGAAGAAAUAUUACACAUUUUGGACCUACAACUCUUAGAUCUACUCUUGCCUAUGGGAUGCUCAGGCUCUGUGCACCUCAACCUACUGAUAUAAUAGUUGAUCCAAUGUGUGGAACAGGGGCAAUACCAAUAGAGGGGGCUACUGAAUGGGCUAAUUGUUUUCAUAUUGCUGGUGAUAAUAAUCCAUUGGCUGUGAAUAGAGCAGCAAAUAACAUCUCAUCUUUACUGACCAAGAGCCAAACUAAAGGCAAACUGUCCUGUGGCUUGCCCAUAGAUGCUAUUCAAUGGGAUAUCUGCAAUCUGCCACUGAGAACUGGCUCUGUGGACAUUAUUGUAACAGACAUGCCAUUUGGAAAAAGGAUGGGAUCCAAGAAAAGAAACUGGAACCUUUACCCAGCUUGCCUAUGGGAGAUGAGCCGUGUCUGUAGACCAAGGACAGGCCGAGCUGCACUACUUACUCAGGACAAGAAAUGCUUUACCAAGGCAUUAUCUGGAAUGGGACAUGUAUGGCAGAAGGUGCAUACAGUCUGGGUGAACAUAGGUGGUCUUCAUGCUGCAGUUUACCUUCUGAAACGUACACCUCAAGCUUUUGUUCAUCCUUCAGAACAAGAUGGAGGAAGAGGAACUCCUUGGUAAUGCAAAAAUGAAGAUGUUUAUAGUAUUUGUGCUUCCCGACCCUGGAAAUGCCAGCAUAAACUUAUUUGAGAAAAAUAGUAUUAACAAAAGUGCAGUGUGCCCUGUUUAAAUUGGUCUAAAGUUCUUUACCCUGGUUAGCAAAAGGUGUGAAUGUACUAUCAUGGAAUUGAGUCUUGUGAGAGAACUUUUCUUUGGAACUGUUGUGAAGAGGUAGCUGGGCAAUUGGUACUUUUCUUAAAAAGCUUUGAAGAUGCCAAGCCUACUAAAGUGCUCUGGGAUUUGGGUUUAGAACAUUUUCUUUUCAGGCUUCAUACCAGUUCCUAUUUUCCAUUAUAGCCACCCUGGCCUAAUGCAAAGGCAGAGAAUAUAAUCGUAGCAUCUUAGGCAACCCAGAUAUUGCCUGUGUAGCUUUGCUAUUUAGUUGUUCAAGUUCUCUUUACCUCAACCUUAAAAAAAUGAAGCAUUAUUACAUGUUGUGAAAUAGUGUUUGCCUCAUGACAAGAUGAAGUCUCACAAGACCUAUAGGAAAGUUUGACAUCUGCCUUAAUAAUUAAAAUAUGCAUCUGUUAUUCAGGUUAAUACAUAGAAGAGGACUAGGAUUUAGCAAAGGAAUUAAAAAAUACAUUUUUAUUUGUAAAUAGCAGCAAAUACAUUGAUAGAGGAAGUAUGGGACCAACAAGUAAAAUUUAAAGAAAUUUUAUUUUUCUUUCCAUACACAAAAGCGGUAUUGCUUAUCAAAGUCAAACAUAAGCUUGUCAAUAUUUUUGGUUUCUUAAAAGUACUGAUGUAUCUUUGAAUUAAAAACUUCAUCUAA